CCAACAUAAGCUAUGCCUGGGGCAAAAUUUGAUUGAUUUGUCUGUUUUAUAGGUGAUGAAUUUUGAUAUUGACAACAUAUUUAUUAUAUAUUACCCACCGUUGCUGCCAUAACCACCAAAAAAGCCACGACCUCUCCCACCAAACCUACCGAUCUGCCUCUCCCACCAAAAAAGCCACCGUUGCUGCCGAAGACAGAGACGCCUCUCCCACCAAACCCACCGAAAUUGAUUUACAUGGAUAGAGGUAAUGAACUUGAACCAAAGAAAUUGAUUUACAUGGAUAGAGCCUAGAGGUGACGAAUGAUACAAGUGUAACCAACAGAUGCAACAAACGUAGACGCGCUUUAGGAACUGAUUACAAUUUUUAUGCACUAAAGCCCUGUCUUGGAUCACUUCACAGCUCAAAAGAUUAAACCAUAAUCAUCCACCGAACAAAUUCCUACCACUUUACAUUUCAACAGCCAAAUUAUUGUUUCAACCAAAGAUUUGUUCCUCCUAAUAUGAACUUCAGAAACCAAAGCUUCAACGGAAUCCGGCAACCAUCUGACAGCAUGAGUCUUUAAUGCCUCCCCAAUGGGGUUUUCAAGGUCACAUUCAUGAUACAGAGAAAACAUUGAUGGCGGUGGUGGUUGGCCGAUGGCGUAAAAAAAAAAACACACACACACACACACGCACAAAAUGUCAUUGAGAAGGAUGAGCAGGAAGCUUCACGAAACUGGUCUCUCAACGCCGGACUAAACUUGGUCUGCUCCGGCGAGCCAUUGGUCCACCCAUUUUCUGUGUGCCACCAAGCAAUUGGCAGAUUCAUUUAAUCCGGUUGAUUCCUCCGCUUCUACUGUGCCUCUUUUGUUUGCAAUCAAAGACACAACAGUGGCGGUCGUCAAGCAUACGACAUGGGUCGCACAUCCAAUUGGAUUACUGCAAGUAUAGUCCUGUGUCGCAUCUUGUAAAGAGACUUGAAAUAUUUGAACAACAGUGAGCUUCACGAAUUCUUCGGGAAAGGACAUGAAAACACAGCUUGCCGCCGAUGAUAGAGAGUCGACUUCGUCUUCUCCGAUUCGCCUCUGGUUCAAGUUGAUUUGGGUAUAUUAUUGGUGGGUUUUGAUGCGUAUGAGAGAGGAGAGAGAUGGUUGUGGCAGUGGCUAUGGUGGUGAGAGUUAACCAGAGAGAGAAAGGUGGGUUAAGAUUAACCAAAAGAGAGAGAUAAAACGUGCUGAGAAGAGAGAGAAAAGAGGCACGAUGUUGCCGGCUCAGCCCUCCACCUUCUCUCCUCAAUUGCCUGCCGGAGAGCAUGAAAAGGGUUGAUAGGGGAGGUAAAGAUGGGAUGGUGGUGGAUUCUGGGACGACCUUCACGAUGUUGCCGGCGGCUUGGACAGCCGGUUCUUCGCCCGCCGGUGAGUGAAGGGGAAGAAGGGGAAUUUUGGGUCUGCGACGUGGUGGAUGUAGUGAGAGAAAGAGAACAGGAUGAGGAAUACAGCUGUGCAAAAUCUAUUGGCUUGUGAUGCCAUGUCAUCAAAGUGACGUGGAACCUCAAUUGCUGCCAAAUAAUUUCUUCCUUGGGGUGGACCAUAUGUCCACUUGUCUUUGUCUUUGUCUUUGGAGUAGGCAUAGGGAUGAUUCUGAUGCCUAUAAUACAGCCUAUGUAUGUAUGUUAAAAGUUAUAACAGAGACGCUUCAUGUAAGAGAGAGAGAGAGAGAGAGAGAGAGAGAGAUGGCGCAGUCUAUUGAGAGAGAGAGAGUAUGCGUGAUAGGUGGCGGAGGGUAUGUGGCAUCAUGGGUGGUGAAUUUUCUACUUUCAAAGGGCUACAUGGUCCAUGCAACUGUUAGAGACCCCUGUGAUGAAAGAAAGAAUGGUCAUUUGAAGAAACUGAAAAACGCUUCGGAAAAUCUGCAACUCUUCAAGACAGAUUUGCUAGACUAUGAAGGUCUCUGUGCUGCCAUUGCUGGAUGCACCGGGGUUUUCCAUGUUGCCAAUUUAGUCCCUUCUGACGUGCCUAAUCCCGGGGCAGAACUCCUUGAACCAGCUAUAACCGGUAUGCGCAAUGCAGAACUCCUUGAACCAGCUAUAACCGGUAUGCGCAAUGUAUUAAAUGCUUGCCUGAAUUCUAAAGUGAAAAAAGUUGUGUUUGUGUCAUCUGUUGGUGCCGUUAUCUUCAACCCUAAUUGGCCCGAGGAUCAGGCCAUGGACGAAAACUGUUGGACGGAUGGGGAAUAUUGCAAAACAGCUGAGUUAUGGUAUUGGCUUGCCAAAACUUUAGCAGAGAGUGAGGCUCUGGAGUAUGCAAGAAGAAAUGAAAUCAACAUUGUAACAGUGUGUCCAAGCAGUUGCAUAGGGCCAACGCUGCAGUCCACAAGGACUGCUAGUAGCUUAAAUCUCCUGCCCCAUUUGAAAGGUGGAAAGGAAUCCGUGGAAGACGAAGAUCUUGUUUUUGCAGAUGUGCGUGAUGUGGCCGAUGCAAUCCUCCUGGCAUAUGAAAAGCCUGAAGCAGAGGGGAGAUAUAUAUGUUCAUCACACACACUUCGAUCUAGGGUUUUGGUGGAAAAGUUGAAGAGCAUGUAUCCCAACUACAAUUACCCAAAAAGUUUUACCGAAACAAAGCGGGAUAUAAAGAUUAGUUCGAAGAAGUUGCAGAAUUUGGGAUGGAAGUCUAGGCCAUUAGAAGAGACCAUUGUCGACACUGUUAAAAGCUACGAGGAGAGUGGUUUAUUGGGUAAUGAAUAGCAACAUAUGUUGCAGAAAUGUAUCUUUUACUAUGUGUUUAUCUUUUUCUACAAGGUGCCUUUCUGUUGAAGCUUUCAUCUCUAGUUUCUUUUUAUUAUAUAAUAAGUUGUAAUGUAAAAGAAAAAAUUUCAAAGUUUCAAUUUUAAGUGUUCAAUUCUGUGUUUACUGAACCAUAUAUGGAAAGUAAUUGGCUGUG